AUGUGGGGACACGCCGGAAGCGGGGAGGUGGUGAGUACGCAGGUCUGCGUGUCCUGGCGGGGUGGCAGCGGUUGCGGUGGGACCCGGCCUCCCCGCCGCGGUUCCGGGGUCAGCCGGUCUCGGCCCCUGACGCAGUCCCACCCCCGUGUCCCUGCUGUUCAGGGUGCUGCUGCCUGGCAGCCGGGGUCCAGAGUGUCCUGUCCCAUCCCGUUUGGUGACUUCACGCUGGCCCUGAACCCUGUCUGGGCAGCUCUUGCACUGUUGACAUUCAUGGAUGUGGCCAUAGAAUUCUCUCUGGAAGAGUGGGAAUGCCUGGACCCUGCUCAGCAGAAUUUGUAUAGGGAUGUGAUGUUAGAGAACUACACAAACCUGGUCUCUGUAGGUCUUGCUGUCUCUAAACCAGACCUGAUCAUCUGUCUGGAGCAAAGAUGUGAACCUUGGAAGGAAAAGAAAUACGUUGCAGUAGCCAAAUACCCAGCUGUGUCCUCUCAUUAUAGCCAAAACUGUUUGCCAGGGAAAAUCCUGAAAGAUUCAUUCCAAAAAGUGCUACUGAGAAAUUAUGAAGGCUCUGGACUUCAUAAUUUAAGUUUAAGGAAAGACUGGGAAAAUGUGGAUGAGUGUAAGGAGCAGAAAGAAUGUCAUAAUGGAUUUAACCAAUUUUCAACAGUUAGCUAUUGCAAAGUCAUCAAAUGUAAUAAAUGUUUGAAAGUCUUCAGAAAAUUAUCAAACCAAAAUACACAUAAGUUAAGACAUACUACAAUUCAUACUGGAGAGAAACCCUACAAAUGUGAGGAAUGUGGCAAAGCUUUUAUCCAGCGUUCAAACCUGACCACACAUAAGAUAAUUCAUACUGGAGAGAAACCCUACAAAUGUGAAGAAUGUGGCAAAGGUUUUAAGUGGUCUUCAUACCUUAAUAUACAUAAGACAAUUCAUACUGGAGAGAAACCUUACAGAUGUGAGGAAUGUGGCAAAGGUUUUAUCCAGCGUUCAAACCUGAUCACACAUAAGACACUUCAUACUGGAGAGAAACCCUACAAAUGUGAAGAAUGUGGCAAAGCUUUUAUCCAGAAUUCAUACCUGACCAAACAUAAGAGAAUUCAUACUGGAGAGAAACCCUACAAAUGUGAAGAAUGUGGGAAAGCUUUUAUCCAGUGUUCACACCUGACGAAACAUAAGACAAUUCAUACUGGACAGAAACCCUACAAAUGUGAAGAAUGUGGCAAAGGUUUUAUCCAGCAUUCACACCUGACCACACAUAAGAGAAUUCAUACUGGAGAGAAACCCUACAAAUGUGAAGAAUGUGGCAAAGCUUUUAUGCAACGUUCAAACCUGACCACACGUAAGACUAUUCAUACUGGAGAGAAAGCCUACAAAUGUGAAGAUUGCGGCAAAGCUUUUAUCCAGAAUUCAAACCUGACCAAACAUAAGAGAAUUCAUACUGGAGAGAAACCCUACAAAUGUGAAGAAUGUGGCAAAGCUUUUAAGCGGUCUUCAUACCGUAAUAUACAUAAGAGAAUUCAUACUGGAGACAAACCCUACAAAUGUGAAAAGUGUGGCAAAGCUUUUAUCCAGCAUUCAAAUCUGACCACACAUAAGAUGGUUCAUACUGGAGAGAAACCCUACAAAUGUGAGGAAUGUGGCAAAGCUUUUAUCCAGCAUUCAAACCUGCUCACACAUAAGAGAAUUCAUACUGGAGAGAAACCCUACAAAUGUGAAGAAUGUGGCAAAGCUUUUAUCCACCCUUCACACCUGACCACACAUAAGAAAAUUCAUACUGGAGAGAAACCCUACAUAUGUGAAGAAUGUGGCAAAGCUUUUAUCCAGCGUUCAAACCUGAUGAAACAUAAGACAAUUCAUACUGGAGAGAAACACUACAAAUGUGAGGAAUGUGGCAAAGCUUUUAUGCAGCGUUCAACCCUGACCACACAUAAGAGAAUUCAUACUGGAGAGAAACCGUACAAAUGUGAAGAAUGUGGCAAAGCUUUUAUCCAGCAUUCACACCUGACCACACAUAAGACAAUUCAUACUGGAGAGAAACCCUACCAAUCCAACACUGGGACAGCUGUGUCCUCUCUGCUGAUGACAGAGUUCAGUUCUCACUGGAAUGUUCCAGGGGUGCUGCCAAUUCCUGACUUAACAUCACACGUGCCCUCUCACUGGGCCAAGAAGGGAGGAGUUACAGUGUUGGCUGAUGUAAUUGAUCCAGACUACCAAGAGGAAGUUGGUCUACUGUUUCACAAUGGAGAUAAGAAACAGUAUGCUUGGAUUACAGGAUCCCUUGGGGCUGUGGUCCCCGACGCCCAGGCUGCUGACUGGUACAAGUCUGUGGCCUGUUACAAAUCAGCCACACUGCAGGAGGUGAGCAAUAGGCAGGACGCCCCCUCCCCCACGGGACAGGAGGCAUCCUUGGCGCCUCCAGGCCGCCUUGUCAACACCGCCUCAGCGACCUCACAAAGCGGGUCCCCGCAGGCCACUGGCACCCGGAUGCGGGCGGCCGAGGCAAGCGGGGGCCAGGUUGCCCGGAACCAGCGCGGUGGCGGCAGCGCAGCCUGGGGACAGCGGAGUACCCAGCUCAGGACAGCGCGGUAA